CUUGCACUGGCAGAGUUCGCACACGGAACGGAAACGGAACCAAUUGUAGUGAAGUAGCAAAGCGGUGGAUACUGUUUGCGAGAUGGAGUAAUGCGGAUGGAAUUUCCCUUGUUGACACGGAUAACAGCGAAAUGUCCUGUUGACAUAGUUUAGAGUUUCCAAUAAAAGUUCAAUUAGUUUCGAUUAAAGUUUGUGACGUGAAUAAGAUACUUUUGCGGCUGGAAUGUUUGGAAAUGGCAAAUGUGACUAAUUUGAUUAGCUUUCCUCUGUCGUCAACAUCAUCAUCACCAACAAGUUAAUUAUUGACGAAUGAGUCGUGAAGUCGAGAAUCGAGAGACCCAUCAAAACUAAAAUGGAGCUCGGCAAUCAGGAAGCUCAUCGUUUGAAUCUACUGCUGUUAGUGGUAGCCAAAAUGUCCUGCCUGCAGCUGUCCAUUGGAACGUCAUUCAUAUUCCUGCGGCAGCCGCAUGCUGCCAAAUGUGAUUGUCAGCACAUUGGUGAUUACAGCAAUGGUAGUGCGACGAUGGCUUUGGCUUUUCCAGAGAAAUUUAUCUCCUCAGCUGGCGCGGAUAAUGAGGUGCAUAUAGGAUUCCUCGCGGGAUAUACACAUUCGAAGGUAAUUUUGGGCGCUUUGCUGUUAGCUAUCGAGAGUAUCAACAACGAUACAGCAUUGCUACCGGGAAAAACGAUCAAGUUAAAACCGGUGGAUAUCGGAGCACAAAAAUCCCCCAAGGCGUAUCCUAUUAUUAAGAUGACGGAGAUGCGAGACGAUGGUAUUGCAGCGUUCAUUGGACCGGAUGAAACUUGCACGACCGAGGCUCUAGUGGCUUCCGCCUGGAACAUCCCGAUGAUUUCAUAUAAAUGCACCGACGCCGCCGUUUCGGAUAAAAAUGUCUACAGUAGCUUCGCCCGAACAUUGCCUCCUGCUACUAAAGUUUCCAAAAGUGUCGUAUCCUUGAUGAUCGCAAACAAUUGGCACUGCUUUUCCAUAGUUGCGGGAAAACAUCCGGCGUGGAGUAUGGAAAUUGCGCAUGCAAUCAAGGUUCAAGCUGAAAGUAAUAACCUAACGGUGAAUAACUAUAAGGAAUAUUCUGAUUACAUUCCGUCAAAAAUACAGAAACUGCAAAAUAUAGUGGAUGAAACGUAUCGAACGACAAGAAUAUACAUUUUUAUUGGAGAAUACAUUGAAAUGGUGGAUUUUGUGCGAUGUAUGCAAAACAAAAAGCUCCUGAGUAGUGGCGACUAUAUUGUCAUAUCGAUCGAUGAUGAAAUCUACGAUCCGACAACUAAACGUAACAUCUAUCAAGAGUACUCCGAUUUCUAUCAAAGAUACAUCGGUAAUUCAAAGGAUAAAUUUCUUACUCGCAAGCGGUACAGUUUCAAGGAUAUUCAAGAACGUUUGCAGGAAGCGUUCCUAUCUGUACUCAGGAUUUCGCCACUUUUUCCAAUGAAUCCGGAGUAUAGGUUAUUUCGCCAGCAAAUCAAAGAAUAUGCACAGCAUCCACCCUUUAAAGUUCCUCUUCCAUCUAAUGCGAAAAUUUUGCAAGAGAUACAGGUACCAAUUUACGCUGCUCAUCUGUACGAUGCCCUGUUCAUCUACGCUCGAGCUGCCACCGAAGUGAUCCAGGAAGGAGGUGAUUUUCAUGACGGGAGACAAAUUAUGCGUCAUAUAUUCAACCGUUCGUACCAUUCGAUACAAGGAUUUGAUGUUUACAUAGAUGAGAACGGAGACGCGGAAGGCAAUUUUUCAGUCAUCGCUCUGCAGAAAGAUGAAAAAGUGAAUAACUCCCUCAACAAGUCAAUGCAACCAGUGGGAAUGUUCGUUUACAGCAGCAACAGCAAUACUCUACCCGAGUUUAGAUACAUGAGCUCGUUGCGGCCCAUCAUGUGGGUGAAGGGACGCCCACCGUUAGCCGAACCUCCAUGUGGCUUUCACAGAGAAAAGUGUCCGCCGAAGUCUCGUGACUGGCGAUACAUCACGGGAAUUGUGGUGGCCACCCUGUCCAUCACCAUAUUUGCCGUUAUACUCUUCAAACACUACAGGUACGAGCAGACCCUUGCAUGUCUCCUGUGGAAGGUGGAGAUGAAAGAUGUCACCAUCAUCAGCACACCGGAUACUUCUUGUUACAUUGAUUCGAAGAAAAAAUUGACUCAAGUCUGUAGACAAAGUAUAAUAGCAGCGGGAGGAGAUGCUACAAAGCGUGCCUUCACUAAUAUAGGCCUUUACCGCGGAAAUAUCGUUGCCAUCAAGUACCUGCACAAACGGUCGGUCGACAUCACGAGAAACAUUCGAAAAGAACUGAAACAGAUGCGAGAGCUGCGACAUGAGAAUCUGAUUACCUUCAUUGGAGCAUCCGUAGACCAUGGAGCUGUCGCAAUACUGACCGGUUACUGUGCCCGAGGCAGUUUGGUGAACGUUCUGGCCAAUGAAGAUCUCUCGCUUGACCACAUGUUCAUAUCUUCCCUUGUCAGUGAUAUUGUGAAAGGAUUGAUUUAUCUGCAUGAUAGUGAUGUUGGAUCUCAUGGAAAUCUGAUGUCGAGUAAGAUACUCAUCGACUCUCGUUGGGUGGCCCAGAUAUCCGAUUUCGGACUACAUGAGUUCAAGUCAUCUCAAGAGGAGCCAAACAAAUUUGAGAAGGAGCUAAGAAGGUGCCUUUGGAGGGCACCAGAGAUCUUACGGAAUCCAAAUACCCCAUCCAGAGGCACCCAGAAGGGAGACGUGUAUUCCUUUGGAUUGAUCCUGUAUGAAAUAAUUGGCCGAAGAGGUCCAUGGGGAGACACUAAUUUGAGUAGACAAGAAAUUAUCGCUCGAGUGAUCUCACCUCAGAAUUAUGGUAUUUUUCGUCCUCCACUACGAGGAAUAGAUGCACCCGACUAUGUUGUGCAAUGUCUUCAAGCUUGUUGGGAAGAAGUUCCGGAUGAUCGACCAGAUAUUCGAUUGGUCCGUGUUAAACUUAAACCGAUGCAAGCGGGUUUGAAACCCAAUAUAUUUGAUAACAUGCUGGCUAUUAUGGAAAAAUAUGCUUACAAUUUAGAGGGAAUCGUUCAGGAGAGAACUAAUCAACUAACCGAAGAAAAAAAGAAAACCGAAUCCUUGCUGCUUCGAAUGUUGCCAAAAAGCGUCGCAGAAUCUUUGAUGCGAGGCGAACGAGUUGAAGCGGAAUGUUUCGAUUGUGUGACAAUAUUCUUCAGUGAUUUGGUUGGCUUCACGGAACUAUGCGCGGAAAGUACUCCACUAGAGGUUGUUGAAAUGCUGAACGAUCUGUACACGUGUUGCGAUUUCAUCAUUUCAAGCUACGACGUUUAUAAAGUGGAAACCAUUGGCGAUGCCUACAUGGUCGUUUCCGGGUUGCCAAUUCGAAACGGGGAUCGACACGCUGGCGAAAUAGCAUCCCUGGCUUUGCAUUUGUUGAAGUCAAUCUCCAACCUUGAAAUUCGACAUCGACCAGGAGAGUUUAUUCAGAUACGAAUUGGCAUUCAUUCCGGACAGUGUGUUGCAGGAGUUGUUGGAUUGAAGAUGCCUAGAUAUUGUCUGUUUGGAGACACCGUAAACACAGCUUCCCGAAUGGAGAGUUCUGGAGAGGCUCUAAAAGUACAUAUCUCAUCGGUAACAUAUAAUUUGUUGAAGAAAAUAGGCGGAUACAAAUUUGAAGAACGCGGUGUUAUCAAAGUGAAAGGAAAAGGGGAAAUGAGAACCUUUUGGUUGGUUGGAGAGGAUGAUCAGAAGAAAACGGAUCGUUUCGGAUCGCAUGAUGCUAUGCCUAAUUUAUCUCUUUCUAUCAUCCCAGAUUUAAUUAGAUCCCCAGAACAGUCCUGUGCAGACUUAGCUGACACGAUAAACCUUCUAGAGCAAAUGGAUUCAACGUUUACCCAAACCCAGCACAGUUGUAGCAACCAAGAACUCCCUGCGGUUCAUCGACCGAUCAAUUUGGGUUGCUAUAUAUGCCGUAAGCGGAAAAUAUGUCACCAACUUCCGAUCACUCGAACCAUAUCCAAAAAUCUGCACAUGGAAGAAGAAUAUUUCAACAAUAAAUACAACAACAUAGAUGACACUGUUUGCACCUGUCGUCGGCAGCAUUGUCUUUUAGACUACUAUAAUGACAACUUUAUGACUGUUCGAACCAUUCGAGAACCAAGAUCUGCGCCCCAUAUCACUUUUAUGCAGUAGAGAAUACGAGAUUUUCAACCUUCCAAUGACCACUGACAACGAACAACGGUUUCAAGCAUAUGAUUGUGGCUUUUGGACUGUGAAAUUUUUAAUGAA